AUAGUGGAGUACGUAACAGUACUGAAGACUUGGUUCUUGUAGCGUAGCGGGGCGGAACAGACCUCUAGCAAACACGCGGAACUACUGUUCGUCUCAGUUAUUGCAUGUCUUUGAACAGGUAGCUGUUUAAUAAGUUCACGAUCGCGAAUUCAUUCACUACUUCCGAUUAAGACUACUAUCGGCUUUUCACACGCGUGAGCUUGGCCAGUUGGAGCUGUUGAUUGACUACUGCCACCGGCUAGUGUUUAGUGUUUAGUGAUAGAAAAUGCAAGACAUUGAGAGGCAUUUGCAAACUAGGAUUACCACUUUGUUUGUGAUUUUCAUACAGAUUGUAUUCACAUCAUCACAAGACUAUGAGGUGACAGAAAUCCAAUGCACAUUCGCCAGCGGCAACAGCAUAGGUCCCCGCGACUCAAUUAUAGCAAAAUUAAGGAAACCCGACGGCUUUAAGGGAAAUCCUCUCUUCGCAGACGACCGAGGAGUCGACCCGGAAACGGAUCACGUCUGCCAGAUAAAGCCCGAUCUCUCAGACCCCACCGGUUUAAAAUAUAAUCUCAAGAUCACAGAUUUUAGCAGAUGUGGCGUUUUGAAACGUAACGGCUUUGUCCAUGUGCGAGUAUGGUUUCCGCAGUUUCCCGGUGUGGUGAUGCAAUCGGAUCAAGAACUGAUUAUUAUGUGCAAGCCGCCGGAACCCACGGUUAUUGAAAACAAGGCAGCUGGUUUUGCUGGCAGUUUUCCUCAUGGAGCCCGGGUUUCGGGAGUGGUUGAAGAAACUCCAGGUCGUCUGGAGUACGAAGUAGCUCUUUACAAGGAAGCUCCAGCCAGAAUCAGCAAUGCCACGAAUAGUGAGCUUCCAGUGGAUCAGGCAGUACCCAUUGGUACUAAGCUGCAGCUCCGGGCCCGCAUCAGUCCUGAAUCUGCUUGGAAGUAUGUCAAGUUGAUGGAGGUUACCGUCAGUCCAGACCCAGAUGACCCGCACAUGAUUGGAAGUGUGGCACUCGUUAAAGAUGGAUGCCGCAACCGCGACUUCGCCUCGAUCAUCCCGCACCAACCAGCCCGAUACCGCGAACGCCACAACGAAGUUUUCCUCGACUUUGAAGCCUUCCUUCUAAGCACAAUGAAAGAGCGCUCCACUCUCUGGAUCCACUCGCAAAUAAAAGCGUGCAUGGACCCGGCCGACUGCCAGCCCGACUUCUGCCUGGACUUGUUCGAACCUUCAGGACACGGUCGAAAACGGCGUGACGUCGAAGCCAUCGAAGUGGUGGAAGCCCCGGAACUGCCUUCAGACUUAGCAAAGCACAACGCCACCAUACAGUACACAAAAAUCAAGGAAAAUCUCGAAUAUACAGUUUUGAUGCCUGGGGAGUUCUACCACCGAACCGCAGCAAUGGAAAGCUCGUGCAGCACUUUCCUGGCAGUUGCCGCGAUUUUGGGCUGUUUGCUGUUCUUGUCCGCGUUUGUUAUGUGCUGGUUGGCGUCCAGGCUGCAUUCGGCGCUCGUGGGGACUGUUAAUACGAAUAAAAAUAUAGAUGAGUUGGUCAGGGAGAGUCGGCAUUAUUCCGAGUCGGGGUACACUGGACGGGCUACCACGCAAUGAGGGCUAGAACGUGUUAGUACUUAAUUUAAACCAAAAAACGUAGUGAGUUAGUUCCUAAAGUCGCGGAAAUUGCCCAGGAAAAUUUAUCGUACGGUUCAGACUGAUUUCCAAAGGAAUAAACUCAAGUAUAGAACGUACCUCCUAGUUUUUCAAAAUAUUUAUUAUUUAUUUAUUUAUUUAUUUUUAAACAUGUAGUUUUUCUGUGAAGAAAGACGUCAGGCAUGACUUAAGUACGCUUUAAAAUUAAGUACACUACCCGGGGUGAAUAAAAAUUAUUGCUUAAACUUUUAUUUACUUGCAUACUUUUUGUUCACUCUGUAUCUGUACGUAAGUAGUAGUAAUGUAUUUAUUCUUGUGUAAUAUUAACCCGAUAGAUUUAAAAAUAAUAUUUGCAAAACUGUAAUCUCGAGAACAGGACGCAGUUUUACAUUUAUCUCCGCUAAUACAGCAAUUUUAUCACUGAAUUGCUAUAUUUUGAUGAUACAAAAAUCAAUUACGCAGAGAUGAGUAAUUUUGAAUAUAUUGGGUUAUUACGACACAUUAAUUGUGGGGGCAAUAUGUAUACAUUGAAUGCCAAUCAAUGGAAAAAUGUAUAAAAGGUUAUCACAAAACUUAAAUAUUUAGCCUGUACUUUUCUGUUGUAAUUAAUACAAAUUACUAGAAAGGUACUGGAAAGAUUAAACAAUUUAUUCUCGAUCCACAGCCCUAUAAAUAAAAAAUGUAACAGAUUAAGUUGUUUAAUCAUUAAUACUAAUUUCUCGGGUUGGUUCUCGUUUGAUUUUUUACUUGUAAAACAAAGUGUAUAUACGGAUAUUUAUCGCAAAUUGGGAGUAAAGGAGUCUUCCUUCCAAAUGUUAUAUUGCAAAUUGGGGAAAAUAUAUGAACAAGAAUUUUGUAAACCAUAAA